UAGUCUAAAGUCAUCCAAGUAGCGGAGUUCACAUAACAUUGGCAAUGCAAAAUACAAACCAAGUACCAGAACCGCUUAUAUAUGGACCAGCAAAAUACGAGUAUAAGAAAUCGUGUCAUGCCGAGAUAUUUCAAAUACUACAAUCCUUCCUAAAAGAUGAGGUUUUCUGUGAUAUUAAACUAGAAACAGAUGAUGGUGGAAGUAUAUUCGGUCAUAAAGUGGUUUUGGCAUCGGCUAGUCCAUAUUUCCAUGGAGUUUUCACAAAUUUUAAAGAAAAUAAUCAAGAUAUUUUUGUCAUCAAAAACUUAGAUUCCACCGCAUUACAACUAUUAGUAGAGUUUAUUUAUUCAGGGCAGGUCACAGUCACUGACAAAAAUGUACAGGAUUUGUUAUCAGCAUCAAAUAUUUUGCAGUUACAAGACGUAAAAGAGGUGUGCUGUGAUUUUUUACAGGCACAACUAUGCCUUACAAAUUGUAUUGGUAUAUUUGCGUUAGCUGAUUUACAUAACUGUACGAAAUUGUUAUCAAGUACAGAAUUAUAUAUUCAACAGCACUUUUCAGAAGUGGUAGAAGGAGAUAAAUUCCUGUCCUUAUCAUCCGAACAAAUUACUAAGUUGAUUGCCAGUGAGGAACUUAAAGUUCCAUCUGAAGAAAAAGUAUUUGAAAGUGUGAUUUGAUGGGUAAAACAUGAUUUGGAUUCUAGAAAACAAAUUUUGCCCCAAUUAAUGGCACAUGUACGUCUACCAUUAACAUCGAAAGAUUACAUACUAAAACAUGUAGUUACGGAACCUCUUC